UAUUUCCUUGAUAAACAUGAUGACUGUACCAAAUGUUUUUUUUGCUGUGAAAAUGUUCCAGAACAUGAUAGACUUCAGAAAUGCAAAGAUCUGGGAAUGCCUCGUAGAUUGCAGUGUUUAAAGACAAAACAAAAUAAGAGGUGCAAGACCUUAUUUCAUCAAACCAGUGUUAAGAUGUCUGUCACGAUAACACCAAUAAAUACAAAUGUCUCAGUGGCGGAAAAAGACAAAGAACCUUUAACUAUGAUUAAUAAAGGAACUAUUACUCCUAAAACUUCAGGACACGGCAGCACCUGGUCUCGGCAGCCAUUAACCACCAAUGCCUCAGAGUCCCUGGCCACCUCUAACAAGCCCACAUUACGGGUAGAAAAGGCUUUGAAGCCAUCACCACCAAAGGUCCGCACUGACAAGACUGGCUUGAUUACAGUAGUCAGUGUAUUGGUCAGCUUGUUUAUUGCCAGUGUAUUGGUUGUUAUUAUGGUGCUCAUUUGCAAGCAGAAGACUCCUGCAGGAUUCACUGGAGUCAAACGUGAUGAUAUCGACAUAUCCAUCAUUCCCGAAGGUAUAGAAUCAAAGAAAAUUGAAAACAACAGCAUAACGGGUACUAGUUAAAUCCAACUAGUGGUCUAUUAUCAAUGCUACGUUCUGAUUGGUUGACCUACUACUAGGCUUUAUUUAAUAGCCCACUAGUAACGAAAAGCGCGGGGUUUUUGGCGGCAAAAAAGGAUUACAGUCUAGCUUUCACUAGCUAAAAAAUUUUUAUUCUCGAAAUCUUUGACCAACUAGUUGGAUUUUACUAAAACAAUUAUUCCUCUCGUCCUCAUGGCCUCAGAGUCAAUAGCCCAUUCGGCCUUCGGCUAGUCUGCUACACAGCCGUUUUUAGUCACGCAGCGUUGCGUGGCCGAAUGGGCUUUUGACUCAAAGCCCAUUCGGGCUCGAGGAAUAAUUGUUAAACAGUCAAAUCGCCAAAAUCUUAGCCAUCAAACGUUAGAAAGCUAAUUUUAUAAGUCAACCGUCAAAGAAUGGAGUGUUUGUAUGCUCCAAACACACCCAGUUCAGAGGAUCCAUUGCCCAAAUAGAGUGUUUCUGGACCUCCUAUCUGGUCAUAUUUUCUUCCCUUUGAAAAUAUUUAAGACUGAAAAUUACCAAAGACGUUCGUCUUGCAGUCAUCCUCGGAGAAAGGCCAGGGGCAGUCACUCAGGUCGGGAUAAACGGCGUUGAAAGUUUUCAAGAACGGUCGCGGUCGAGAGAGACACUGGAAUGCCACUCAAAGCAAACCAGUUCUUGAAAUCACUCGAAUGCUUGUCUCUGAUUGUGCCCAAUCGGAAGCCAGCAUCUAUCGCGCUGCUUUCGUGAUCUUUUUAUACGAAGCCAAUCUGAGACAAACAAUUGAAUGAGUCGUGGAACUGGUUCGCUAAGAGUAGCAUACCAGGGGCUCUCUCGUACGUUCUUGAAAACUUUCGCCGCCGUUUUAUACCUACCCGACUGACCGCCCCUGGGUCUCGGAGGAUGUCUUGCAGAGCGCUACAUGUUUAGAUACGACCUAGACUACGAGUAGUCCCCCAUUUUUCUCCAGGGAUAGUAGAGCAAGCGAAACGCGAGGGCGCACGCGUGUCGCCUUUUCUCGCGUGGGAUGAUUUUCAGCGCGCUUGCGUUUUGCUUUCUCUACUAUCCCUGAGGAAAAAUGGGGGACUAUUCGUAGUCUAGAUACGACCAUAUUGGUUUAUUUUCAGAAACAACCCCAUGGGCGGAUUCAUAAGUGGCCCAAGGCGGGUGGCGGGGUGGCUUUAUUGCUAUAGAAAUUGGAAACCUAUCGUUGCAAAAAAAAAUUUGGUCAUGACGUACUUACGCCCGUAGAGACUCUCAGGAGGGGCCGGGGAGACUCUUCAAGGGAGGGGUGGGGAGUCCCACACAUGCAGCUUGCGUUUCUGGCUCCUCCCGUCACCUUAUCGCUGUUUUUAAGUCACAUACCUAUUGUUAUGGCUUUUUCUAGAAAUAAUUUCAGUUAGUAGCUUCCUUUUCCGUCCCAGAGGCUUUUUUAAUGCUGGCAUUGUGAAAACGCCAAAGUAAAAAAUGCAGCUUUAAAAUUCGCAUAAUUAAUAACACUGAAAUGUAUCAAUCAUUCAGUGGUAUUUAGUGCGCAUCAAUAUAAAAAAAUUAGCAUAACGUCAGAACAGAGAUUAUCACAACGCAGACUUUUUGGCCUGUUUGUAGGCUGGGCCGUUCGGCAUGGCAUUUGAAGGUCUUGCAGUGAAUAAAUUUAAUUUAAUGAAAGGUUGACUCAUCAUUGCACAAAUCAUAAAGACUAAGUUAUGGGUUUUUCAUGGUGUUUGCUAGAAAGACAGUUAGUUUCCAAGAAUGCAAAAAAGGAAUUACACCAAAAUUUCCGAGCUAGGAAGUAUGAUAUUAAAUAAGCAGCAUUGUUAUGAUGCUUUGGAGUAAAUUGAGUAAUUAGUUCAUUUGACUAGUGAAAAUAUAAGACCCAAAAUUUAUUUUCGUUUUAUUUUCAUGGAGGUUAUUUGCCAAACACCAUGCUUUAAAUUCCUGACGUUGGAUUUUCAGUCGCAGGUCUAGAUGUUGCAAAAUUCGUCUUUAACUUGUUUCAAAGAUUUGCUUGACUGUCUGGUGAAAAUUAAGAGAUGAAUAUUAUGAUCAAAUGCGCCUUACUUUUAUAUCUAACAUACAUGUAUACACAAACUAUAAAAUGUACAAGCAAAAUUAUAUAACAUCGUCCUAAAUUGUGAUGAAAAGCCUAAAAAACUGAUAAGAGUCAUAUAAAAAUUACAUUUAAAAAUUGUUAUAGAAAAUAAAUUAAAAUUAAAUUAGAAAACUAAAUCUAACACUAAAAUACACGAGUAAUCACGCUAACAGAGUCGAAACAGAGGCUCUAGGUGUUACAAAUAAGGCACUUAGGCAUCAGUUUUUAUGUCUUCCGGUUAUAGAACAUCAAGCUUGAACACUAAAAUAAGCUACUCCUAUGGGUUAUUUUAGCUGGAAGAGUCCGUAAUCAAAAACUAAUCUGUCCCUCCAAUUUACUGUGAUUAAUGUCGGGAAAAGAGGUCAGGGGUAUAUUCAAUUUAGGGGAUUUCUUUGCGAUGAAGUGUGUUUACAGGCCCAACAGGUAUUACAUUCUUUGUCAAGGCAUUGUAAUUCGCUCUGAUUACUCACAAAAUUAUUGUAACCAAAAGGGCAAAAUUAAACGAUAUAAAAUAGUGCUGACUCACUGUCUUCGUUGUUUGGUGUUGUUUCACAGACGUGGACCUAUCAGAUUUGCCUUACGAUGUGGAGAAAUCCAUCUGUACAUUGGAUACAAGAACUACAGGUAUUAGUAGCUGGUAUAAUGUGGGUCGUCAGCUGGGUGUUCCUGUUAAGGUUAUGAAUACUUUAGAGAUGGAAUAUAAUCAUCACACAGGAAGUCCAGCUAAAGUGUUAACCGAAAUAUUGCAUACAAAAUAUUGCCUUAAGCUCCGAGAAUUUGUUCUUGCACUUCAAGAGGUAGGACGGAACGACAUCGCUAAGGAAAUUUGCAGCUUCUAUGAAAAGAAUGAAUACUUGACAAACGAUCGUUUCACCAGCAGUUCGACUGUUGAGUCGUAUGUAUAA